AUGGGGCCAGGAGUGGCUGUUUCUUCUCUUAAGUCGAUUUGCUUGAAGGAGCUUUACAAUGGUCAGUGCUUUGGUCUGAUGAUCGCGGGCGCGAAGAAUCUCAGAUCUUUAAAGCUAUUCAGGUGUUCUGGUGAUUGGGAUAAGCUUCUUCCGAAGAUGACUGUCAAGGAUCAUGGCAUAGUGGAGAUACAUCUUGAAAGGAUGCAAGUGAGUGAUCUUGCAUUAUCUGCAAUCUCUAAUUGCUCAAGCCUCGAGAUCUUGCACCUUGUGAAGACACCUGAAUGCACGAAUUUCGGAUUAACCGCGAUUGCAGAGAAGUGUAAGCUAUUGCGUAAGCUUCAUAUCGAUGGAUGGAAAGCCAAUUUGAUUGGAGACGAAGGGCUUUUGUCUGUGGCUAAGUUUAGCUCUAAGUUACAAGAACUGGUUCUCAUUGGAGUGAAUCCAACAACGUUAAGUUUAGGAAUCUUGGCUGAGAAAUGUCAGAGUCUUGAAAGAUUAGCACUUUGUGGUUGCGAUACGUUUGGUGAUCCUGAGCUUUCUUGCAUCGCUGCGAAAUGCCCGAUUAAGAUUAAGAAGUGUAGAGGAGUGAUGGGCAGUUGCGCAUACUGGUUAAGAUCGGUUAGGCUUGCGCUCUCGGUGAAUGCAGACACCGUGGAACCGCAAGAACAUCAUGAAGAAGCAACCGUUGAAGGAGGGUUACAAGAACUCGGAGUCGAGUUCCCUCAUUUGAAUAGCUAG